AUGGCGAAUCAACCAGAAAUAUCGAAGACCUUCUCACCAGAUGAUGGAACAAUCGAAGGCUUCACACACCAUGCCGAGGACAUCACGGCAGACCGUGAACCAUAUGGUCCACCUGGUCUUCGUGGGCUGGUGAGCAAUCCAUUCGUCCUCAUGUGUGCUGCUUGCUCUACGCUUGGUGGUUUGAUUUUCGGUUACGACCAAGGUGUCGUGUCGGUUAUUUUGGUCAUGGACCAGUUCCUGGAUGAAUUCCCCCGCAUCGCUGGCUCGGGCGCGGGUUUCUGGAAAGGUCUAUUGACUGCAAUGAUUGAAUUGGGUGCUUUGCUUGGUGCCUUGAAUCAAGGUUGGAUUGCGGACAAAAUCUCUCGUCGAUACUCAAUCCUAGUUGCUGUUGUGAUCUUCACUAUUGGUUCAAUCUUGCAAACUGCUGCCGUUGAGUAUUCCAUGUUGACGGUAGCUCGAUUGAUCGGUGGUGUCGGUAUCGGCAUGCUGUCCAUGGUUGCACCAUUGUAUAUAUCUGAAAUCAGUCCGCCGGAAUGCCGUGGAACACUACUUGUCCUUGAGGAAUGGUGCAUCGUUCUUGGUAUCGUGAUCGCUUACUGGAUCACAUAUGGCACACGCUACAUGGCCGGAGAAUGGGCAUGGCGUCUCCCUUUUCUGCUCCAGAUGGUUCCAGGCUUCAUUCUGGCCGCUGGUGUGAUCAUGCUACCCUUCUCGCCACGUUGGCUAGCUUCUAAGAACCGCAACGAAGAAGCCCUGCAAAGUCUGUGCAAACUGCGCAACUUGCCUCCCACAGACCGACGCAUUCGUCAGGAGUUCUUGGAUAUUCAAGCUGAAGUGAAGUUCCACCAAGAGAUGAACGCUGAGAAGCACCCCAAUUUACAGAGCGGGUCGAAGAAGGAUUCCCUUCUUCUGGAAUUGGCGUCUUGGGCCGAUUGCUUCAAGAAGGGUUGCUGGAGACGUACUCACGUCGGUAUUAUGAUCUGCUUUUUCCAGCAGUUCGUCGGAAUCAACGCUCUGAUCUACUACUCCCCCACUCUUUUCGGUACCAUGGGCCUCAAUUCCAGUAUGCAGCUUGUUAUGUCGGGUGUUCUCAACGUUCUACAAUUAGUCGGUGUCACAACUAGUGUCUUCACCAUGGACACAGUCGGCCGUCGAAAGCUCCUCAUGAUUGGAUCCGUUCUUAUGGCGAUUGCUAUGAUUGUAAUUGCUGUCUUAGUCGGUCUCUACAGCUCCGACUGGUCAUCACACCAAGCAGAAGGCUGGACAAGUGCAGCAUUCCUCCUAUUCUACAUGGUUGCAUUCGGAGCUACCUGGGGACCAAUCCCCUGGGCCAUUCCCUCCGAAAUCUUCCCCUCCUCUCUCCGUGCAAAGGGUGUAGCUCUGGCCACUUGCUCCAACUGGCUGAACAACUUCAUCAUCGGUCUCAUCACCCCUCCCCUUGUUGAGGAUACUGGCUACGGAGCUUACGUUUUCUUCGCCGUCUUCUGUCUCCUCUCUGGGGUCUGGACUUACUUCUUUGUACCUGAGACGAAGGGUCGCACUCUUGAACAGAUGGACCACGUCUUCAAGGAUAACUCUAGCGAGUAUGAGAAGGGUCGUCGUGCUGCUAUUGAGGCGGAGUUGCUGGAGCGGGAUCUUCUUAACCCCAACCGGGGAAAUGUAUAA